UAUGCAAGCUCCUGUUGUUCAUGCUCUCAGUUUUCGAUCUACGUAAACUGAAUUCCUUCAGUGGAGGUACUGUAAGUUUUCCAGCUUUAGCAUUUCACUACCUGCUUAUAUAGUGACUUCGAACGUAAAUUCUGCAAUGGGUAGGACUCAGAUGUGUCAUUUGAUGUUGUUUUUAUCAUUACUUGGUGUUUUUCUUACUGUUACUCGUGGAAAUGCUUCAGUGGACACCUACUGGCUUCUAAGUGUUAAAUUGCAGUUGAUUGAUCCACAAGGAGUUCUUGGAAAUUGGUCUCCAGGAACUCAUAUCUGCAGCUGGACUGGACUGAUAUGUUCAGAUGAUCUCACACAUGUUGUGGGUCUGAAUCUCUCUGGUGCAGGAUUAUACGGUUUGAUCUCACCGGACUUCUCCCAUCUCAAUUCUCUUCAAGUUCUUGAUUUAUCCUUGAAUUCUCUCAAUGGCUCAAUUCCUCCUGAGCUUGGACAACUUCAAAAUCUGAAGGAACUGCAUCUGUAUUCAAAUUCUCUGUGUGGUAAGAUUCCUGAGGAGAUUGGUCUCUUGAAGAAAUUGCAAGUUCUUAGAUUAGGAGAUAACCUGUUGACUGGUGAAAUUACCCCAUACCUAGGUAACCUGAGUGAUUUGAGGGUGUUGGGUCUUGCUUUUUCAGAAUUAAAUGGAAGUAUUCCAGUAGAAAUUGGUUAUUUGAAGCAUCUGAAAUCUCUGAAUUUGCAGCAGAACAGUCUCAGUGGCCUCAUACCUGAAGAGAUUGGUAGCUGCACAGAACUUCAAGUCUUCUCAGUAGCAAAUAACAUGCUUGAAGGAGAAAUCCCUGUUUCAAUGAGCAAGCUUAAGGCUCUAGAGAUUCUGAACCUGGCAAACAACAGUCUCUCUGGUUCCAUUCCAAUUGAGUUGGGUAAUCUCUUCAGCCUGAAAUACUUGAAUUUGCUUGGGAACAGGUUGAAUGGCGAAAUUCCCUCGGAGAUAAAUCAGUUAAGUCAGCUGGAGAUCCUUGACUUGUCAAAAAACAAUUUUUCAGGAGCUAUCAACAUCCUCAAUAGCCAACUUAGGAAUCUAGAAUCAUUGGUUCUAUCUGAGAAUUCUUUUGCAGGUGGAAUCCCAAGCAACCUCUGCAUCAGUAAUUCCAAUCUACAGCAGUUAUUUCUCAGUCAAAAUGACCUCUCUGGCACGAUUCCGUUGGAACUUCUCAACUGUUAUUCGCUUAGACAAUUGGACCUUUCAGACAAUGGCCUCAAUGGAGAGAUUCCUUCCAGCAUAGAUAGUCUUCUGAAUCUCGCAGAUCUUAAACUCAAUAACAACAGCUUUACUGGGGCAAUACCAUCUCAGAUUGGAAAUAUGAGUAAUUUAGAAACUCUAUUUCUGUUCCACAACAGUCUCACAGGUAGAGUUCCAAUAGAAAUUGGAAAAUUACAGAGAUUAACUGUUCUGUAUCUCUAUGAAAACAGCAUGUCGGGGAGUAUACCAAGAGAGUUAAUGAAUUGCUCAAGUUUAAGAGAGAUCGAUUUCUUUGGAAAUGAUUUCUCAGGGUCUAUUCCAGCAACAAUUGGGAAGCUUAAAAAUCUUGUUUUCCUUCAACUGAGGCAGAAUGACUUGUCAGGCCCCAUACCACCAAGCUUGGGAUAUUGCAUGAAGCUUCAGACAUUGGCCAUGGCUGAUAAUAGAUUCACAGGAUCAUUGCCUCCAACUUUCAGAUUUCUUACACAGCUCAACAUCUUCAGUUUGUACAACAACUCCCUUGAAGGUCCUCUUCCUGAUUCUCUCUUCCUUAUGAAAAAUCUCACCAUCAUUAAUUUUUCUCACAACAGGUUUAGUGGGAGCAUCCAUCCCCUCUCUGGUUCUAGCAGUCUGAUCAUAUUAGACUUGACCAAUAACAGCUUCUCAGGUCCUAUUCCUUCUAGACUUGCCGAGUCAAGAAAUAUAAUCCGUAUCCGGCUUGGACAGAACCACCUUACCAGAGACAUCCCUCCUGAACUUGGCCAACUUACAGAGCUCAACUUUCUUGAUUUGUCAUCAAACAACCUCACAGGAGAAAUGGCACUUGAACUAUCAAACUGUGAGCAAUUAGAACAUCUCCUUCUCAAUGAUAAUCAGUUGACGGGCACAAUCCCUUCAUGGCUAGGGAGCUUACAAGCUCUCGGAGAGCUUGAUCUCUCGUCCAAUAGCUUCAAUGGGGAUAUACCUACAGAGGUUGGAAGGUGCUCAAAACUACUUAAGCUUUCUCUCUAUAGCAACAAUCUCUCAGGUAAGAUCCCACCAGACAUUGGAAACCUCACAAGUCUGAAUGUCCUUAAUCUUCAAAGAAACAAUUUGAGUGGUCCAAUUCCUUCCACAAUUCAGCAGUGUAAAAAUCUUUAUGCAUUGAGACUGUCUGAGAAUUUCUUGACGGGCACUAUACCAUCUGAGUUAGGAACUCUUACUGAGCUACAAGAGAUAUUGGACCUCAGUAGAAAUCACUUAUCAGGAGAUAUCCCUUCAGCUCUAGGAAACCUUGUGAUGUUAGAGAGACUGAACCUCUCUUUCAAUCAACUCCAAGGAGAAGUGCCUCCAGCACUUGGCAAACUAACCAGUCUCCAAACGCUAAAUCUAUCAAGAAAUCUUCUCCAUGGUCAGCUUCCUUCAACUCUAUCAGGGUUCCCAAUCAGUUCCUUCUUGGGCAAUGAAAACCUUUGUGGCCUGCCACUGAUUUCAUGUUCAGAAUCAGUGGGUUUUGGGAAUAAGAGGCUAUCAAAUACCGCAGUUGUUGGUAUUGUAGUAGCCAUUGUCUUUACUUCCACAGUGAUAUGCUUGAUAAUGCUUUAUACCAUGCUAAGGAUCUGGUGCAACUGGAGAAAAGUCUCAGUUUCUAAUUCAGAUAAUGGUGGAUUUGAACAUUCGAAAGAAGAGGAGCAAUGGGCAUAUGGAGAUGAGAAGAAGCGAAAUGGAGACUACUGGAAAGUGAACUCCAUGUCUCUGGUUCAUUCACAAGAGAAACAAUCUCCAACUACUACAUGCAUUUUCCAACUCAAAAUGAAAAUGGGUGCAAUGGAGAUGACAUCAGAUUAGGAGAGUUUCCUCUAUUUUUCAAUUUUCAUCUUUUGGUUUUGGUUUAUGUUUGUAUGAUUUCUUGUUCU